GAAGGAAACCUUGUGUCUUUUUAAAAAAACAAUGAAAGAAACCUCUUUUUUUUAGUAAUUGUGGAGGAAACCUCACUGUAUUCCCCCUAUAUAUAUUCUCCAGAAGCAUCUUCAAAACCCUAAGUUCAAUUAGGGCUUAUGCAGUUAAGCUCAAAUUGAAUUUCAACAGUUAGCUCAAAUUGAAUUUCAACGUCGAAAAAAGCCCCAAUCUUGGAGUAAUUAUCGAUGAGAAGGGACAAGAUUGAGGCGAAUUUGAUCAAUUUGGUUUAGAUGCAUGUGAAUGGUGUAUCGUUGGAUCUGAAUUGGUUUCUGCAAUUGAUAUUCACGGUAUUUAUAAUCUCGUUCGGUUUGCUACACUUGGUGAAGAACACGGCGUCGAAAUACUUCGAAGUCGACGCCAAUUUCGAGGGGGGAGAAAAAGGUAGUGAUCGAGGGGGCAAUACAAUGCCUGGGAUACCCAUGAAAGAAGACCUACCCUCUUGUGCCGUUUGCGGCAGUCCUGGCUCUAAGAAGUGCUCUCGUUGCAAAUCCGUCAGAUACUGUUCAUCAAAGUGCCAAACAGCGGAUUGGAAUUCUGGGCAUAAUAAAAAGUGUAAAGAUUAUGGCAAGGAAAAUUCAACACAGAUUGUGACAAGCUAUGCUGGUGUCAAGUCUUUUGGGCUUGGGAAAAGAACUUUUUCAGGAAUUGCACUGGUUCCUAACUCUGGAUCCUCCAGCCAUGUAAAAAAGCCAAGAAAGGUGUAUUUACAGCUUCCUGUUUGUGUUCUUUUCCCUUAUGAGGAAUUUGUGAAACUUUUCAAUUGGGAGAAGCCAGGAUUUCCUCCUUGUGGGCUUUUAAAUUGUGGAAACAGUUGUUUUGCCAAUGUGGUUCUACAGUGCCUCACAUACACGAGGCCUCUUAUUGCCUACUUGCUGGAGAAUGGUCAUAAGAGAGAAUGUAGACGUAAUGAUUGGUGCUUUCUUUGUGAUUUUCAAGAUCAUGUUGAAAGAACAAGCCAAAGUCAGCUUCCUUUUUCACCAAUGAACAUUCUGUCUAGAUUACCCAAUAUUGGUGGCAAUCUUGGCUAUGGCAGACAGGAGGAUGCUCACGAAUUUAUGAGAUUUGCUAUUGAUGCAAUGCAAUCUGUGUGCCUGGAUGAAUUUGGUGGUGAGAAAGCUGUUCAUCCCAGCUCUCAAGAGACAACUCUUAUUCAACAUAUAUUUGGUGGUCACUUGCAAUCUCAGGUGAUAUGUACAAACUGCAAUAAGAUAUCAAAUCAGUAUGAAAAUAUGAUGGAUUUAACUGUCGAGAUUCAUGGUGAUGCUUCAUCAUUGGAGGAAUGCCUUGAUCAGUUCACGGUCAAAGAGUGGCUUCAUGGAGAAAAUAUGUACAGAUGUGAUGGGUGCAAUGACUAUGUCAAGGCAUGGAAGCGUCUUACUAUCCGGCACGCUCCAAAUAUCCUUACAAUUGCCUUAAAAAGAUUUCAGAGUGGGAGAUUUGGGAAACUUAAUAAAAGAGUAACCUUCCCCGAGACUUUAGAUCUUAGCCCCUAUAUGAGUGAUGAAACAUAUGGUACAGACGUGUACAAACUUUAUGCAGUUGUUGUUCAUGUGGAUAUGCUGAAUGCAUCAUUUUUUGGUCAUUACAUCUGUUAUACCAAGGAUUUCUGUGGAAGGUGGCACAGAAUUGAUGAUUGCAAGGUCACAACUGUUGAUUUGGAUGAGGUGCUAUCUCAAGGAGCAUACAUGCUUUUGUAUAACAGGGUUCAGCCCCGAGCUUCGUGUCUUAGAUUUGUUGAAUCUUCAACUAAAGGGGAUCAACAAAUGGUGAAUGGGGAAGCGGAAUUUUGUCGAAAAGAAGAUAUCAAAUGCUUUUCUAUGGCAAAUGCGGUCAUUCCAUUAAAUGGUUCUGGUUGUCUGCCGUGUGAAAAUGGUUUGCAUGUUGAGCCACCCACAGGAGGAGUGAGUUCUGGAAUUGUUAGUAGUGAUUUAAAGGAUAUUGUGGAUGCUGAUUUGGAAAGUGGGGCUUCCACAGGGGAAAGCAUGUCAUCUAUUGACAUUAGUUUUGAAUCUGCAAGAAAGCAUGCAGAAGAUGUGGAUAUGGAUUGUUCCGAGUCAAGUCCGUCUAUUUUGAAGGAGGCUAAUGGCUAUGAGAAAGAUAUCCCAAUAGUUUGCAGCUCUGAAAAUGUGAGAGGCGAAUUAGUGGAUACAAGUGUGAUGGAUUCUGAUACAAGUGAAAUUACUCCGGUCAAAAUUCAAGAUCUAACAUGCGGAUCAACCUCACGCGAUUCAGAUGACAGAGAAAGGAAUGGACACAUAAAAGAAGAGAUGGCUUGCAGUUUUAGUCCAUAGGUUUAUGUUCUAACUCAUUGUUUGUUAAUAGUUUAAAAAACAAUUUGCUCAUUUAAGUUAAAAGCCAGCUUCUCCAUUUUUGUCUGGGGUUUCUUUAUUUGCGUAACCCUGGAUUCCUAAUGUAAAAUUUCUAAUGGGUUUUUAACUUAAACUUCCAUUAAUUGCCACGAGUAUUAAUUUAGAUA